GGAAGGACAGGCGUACGCGGGAGCGUGAUAGUAGCACGGGGACCUCCUCAUCAGAUGAGGAGGAUUUACAAACAAUACGGAAUAAAAAAGAGGAGGUAGCUAUGACAGCGAUAAAGGCCUCUGCGCCUUUGUUUGAAUCGCCCGCCUCAAGUGAGGACGAGGGUGACAUGUUAGCCGGUAGCAACCAUGUUUUCGACACAGAGAACUACCUGCUGAGAUGUCAAACCUCGUCCAUAACUAAACCGGAAAUGACGUUGUUGGUCGAAGGAAUCCCGACAGUCUUCCUUGUUGACACAGGUGCCGAUAUCACUGUUCUCGGUCGUUGGGAUCGCGAUACUGUAAAGCCAAGUGAUGGCAAAAUUCACAUGAAAGGAGCACAUGGCUCCGUGCAGCCCCUGACGUUAUCGCAAACAGUAACCAUUACUUCCCCCACAGACCCAAAUCGGAAGGCACUCGUCGAAACCGCGCUAAAUUCUCGCUGUCCACAUAAUUUAUUGGGACGGGAUGCUCAAACGCAACUCGAGAUUUACACCAUCGUAAAUCACAAGGGCCAGGUUGAAGCCCGCAUGGGGAAUAGUCAAGAUGAUGCUCGCUAUUUUUGGACACUCGAUUUACCGAACGAUGACGUAACUCGGAGUUCCGAAUGUCUAGUUCGAUUGGCAGGUACCAAAUUAAAGCCAGGAGGUAACAUGCAAACGGCGAACAACCUGCACGUGACUAUAAGACGUAAGCAGACACCAGGACCAGACCCUGACUACACUAAAGUUUUUCUGAGCCUGCACCCCCAGGGUAUUGUUGUUGAGCACGUGUAUUGGAAAGAUCAGUGGUGUUUCGCCACAGCGCGGGUAGGAAGGGCGGUCAAGCCCCUCCUCUCACAAGGGCAACACAUUUUCAUACCGCUCGGCAAACCAGAGCAAUGUGAGUGGAAAAACAUGAAUAACCUUGCGAGCUCCGUUCCAAACCACCUGUGGAGCCCCUCCCCCGCCAAUCCGGGGUGCGAGGAAACACAGGAUGGCUGGGUGCGUCAAUACAUCAAUUGGGAAGUGAUGACUACUCCGACCGUUCAUUUCAGUUGACAAAUUACAGUAACACGUGACGUACUAGCAAUAGAGGCACAGGACACAACACGGGAUGAUUUGAAAUUAAGACAAAUUUUUGCACCUCCCACAGAAAGAAAAUAUUGGACAAAUAAGGGAGCGUCGAGUGUGCCGCGAGGUUGACACAUGGCUUGGCACAUGUGUCAACAGGGGGGAUGAUAGCGAUGAUAGCACAGGUGCACCAAUAUUAUUAUACACAUAGGAUUAUGCAGUUUUCAACCCCCAAUUUUUUUUGUAUACAUUGUGUAAUCUGCUUGAACAAAACAUAAGGGAAACGAUACUGUCUUGUCAUUGUUUAUGUGUUUUCAAAAUGGGUUGAACUGUCUUCGAGCGCUCGCGAUGAUUCGGGAACCGUCGUGAAAGCAUUGGGCGAAUUGUUGGACACUGAUUUGAAGCAACACUGCGUACCACCCGCAAUCGACUGGAUUUGUGGAGUGCACUAACGGAACUGUCAAAGCCAGGCUCAUUGAGACAAUGAGAGAGACUAAAACACAAUUUGAUCAGAAAGAGAUGCAUAGGCACAAUGACUUGCCAGGGUGUUCUGCUCCACAGACUCGCCAGGUCCGGAGUGGUGAUCAGAACUUCCUCAAGGUGCUGAAAAGACUUCUCUGGGACAGUGAACGCUGGAAUGGCCUCUCUCAAGUGAUUGCAGCAACAAAAACUGCGGUCAAGAUCGAAUCACGCCACGUCUGGAUCCACCAGUCGCGGGGCAAGCUCCUUCGGUUUGAGGUUAAGGGGCCUAGCGACGCCAGUCCCAAGAAGGAGAAUCAGCACCUAAGUCCAAGUGCGCUGAUCUUGCGUGCCGCCGAAAGACCACAGUGGGAGAGAGGGUUUUCCGUGGUAAACACACCCCUCUCAAGGAAGAGCACAGAAAGGGCAGUCAAGCGUUGCCUAUGCAUCAUCAGCAUCAUCGGCACCGGUGUCAUCCUCAUGGGCCUAAGAGAAGUCACGGUGGGCACACAGGCCCACGAAAGGAGUGACUAGUCUCAUGGGAUUCGAUGUCGGGAGGCAGGAGACAAUUGUUGGUAUAUUUUUCUCUUCCUGUUUUCCUGUCGCUUGUGCGAUCCCGCUGGUCAGAGGUUGUGCUGCCAAAUUCACGGAUGCUAUCAAAGUGAAGUGGCGGCUCAGCUGACUGUGGCCAUGUCGGAGUACCAACAGGUGCACACGGAGUCUGACGAAGACUAUUUUAACACUGGCUUUGGUGAUUGAUUUACUGGAACCUUACGUAAGCCCGUAUGACGACUUCACAGAAAAGCAUUGCAGAUGUGAGUGUUUGAUGUUCUUGGGUUGGCUUACUUUGUAUAUAGUAGUUAGUUAGUAGUUAGUUUUGUUGUUAGUUUUGUUACGUUUUAAUUUUCAUUUUAUGUGUGUUUAGAUUAGAUUUUGAUCUACGUUUAAUGUGUAGCCAUUGCCCGGGAAGGGUUUUCUGUCCUGAUUUUGUUACACCACCACCCACCCCCAGGACAGUUUUUCCUCCCACCCGUGCAAUUGCAUAUCGAUGUCACCUGGGCGUUUGACAAAACUUUAAUUAUGAUACAGAGGUGGGAAUGUUAGAAGAAUCUAUGAGCUAAAUUGUAUCAUGUUUAAAGUUUUAUUUAAUCUGGGCACAUCUAAAAGUUUGGGUGCAUAUCCAAAUGCCCGCACACAAAGGCGCCAGCCACCUGGCCGGAGGGCUGUUGAAGUCCACAAUUAGCAUGUCAAUACAGGUGGGCGACCACAGGGGAGAAGGCGAAACUCGGUCACAAAAGGGAAAUGAAUAAUUCGGGAACAGUGGUUGAGCGACAAAAGACGAGGUGAGAACACCCGUCGCGCCCAGGCGACAUUGGCCAUCCGCAAAGUCUGCAACAUGUUGAUUCAAUGUAGAUCAAACAGAAAAGGCGCCAAUGUACUGGUGGUUCGAGGUUGAAAAACAGGUAACCAAUCACUACUGAGGGGCCCGACCGGGGGUGCGCUAUGCAAAUAUCGGGGGCAGUGUUUUUCUUGUAUUUUGCAUAUGUUACAAUAAAUUGUAGAACUCGCGGAGACGGGACUUUGAGUGUGAUCGCGUAGCAACAACCGUCGUUCGCUCUCAGAGGUCCGCUUCCGCCGAUAUUAAAGACAAUUUUCCUGUGUGCCGAGUCGUUUCUUUAACUUUAUCCGAGAAAAUCUCUGACAGGGUGAUAAUUGGAUGGUCGUCAUUGGGUCUUUUUUGUCGUUUUAACAGUUAGGUCAUCAAAGCUGUGUUCAUAUCAGUGCGCAGAGAGGGGAUGGAUUGGAUUUCUGUUUUUGGAUUAUUACUUUUUUUUAACUCUUGCUUUGUCAUGUGAUUUUUGUUGUUACUUCGUGUGGACCCGAUGUGGACUGUUUUCAGCGUUGUUGGCCAGGACAUUUGUCAAAAGAGAAGAAUCUGUGCUUGGUCGUUGCACCUUCUUGGCUCAUGUGUACCAGCACUGAUUUGGAUUUUGCUUGGGAGUAAUGUCGGCACUACUUGACUGUCGUCGCUGAACAGCCCCGGGGCGCUUGUAUUUUUUGUGCCUGCGAUGGGCAGCAUUUUUCACAGACCUGUUUUGUUUUAUGGAGAUGUUGGCGCUGUUGGACAGUUUGCCUGGUGCGGUUGGACGGAUGGAUGUGGAGCCAAGGAUUAGGAGAGAGGUGCAUCAGCGCUGAGUGUGGAUGCGGAUUUGGAAUUGAGAGUCGCGGCUUGGAAUUGUAGCAGACGUGUGCACAUUUUCAGCAUAACGUCCCUGAUCUACUGGUGAAAGGACAUGUUGAUCCUCUCCUCUUUCAUCUACAACUGCUUCAAACAACAAAGUAUAUGCAGGAAAAGUGAUUAAGAUUGCAAGACUGUCUGUGUCUUAUGUGUUGUGUUGUGUUAUUUUGUUAUUUUGAUUUCAAGAUGGUGCCGCGAGAGUGGCUGCCUUUCCAGCAGCUUCUAUAUUUUGUUAUUCUACUUCUUCCUUUCAUAACUUUGCUGCUGUGUAUUGGGAAUUUCUCCAUUGCGAGACUAAUAAAGGUUUUCUUAUCUUA